CGGCGAGCAGAAAAACGUUCACGACACUGGUUUAUGCGCUUGACGUUAAAGGUACUGUUGAUAGUUUGCUGCCACUAUAACAAAGUCUAAGAAAGAUCUUGUCACGAAUCAUGGCUCAUGGAUACAGGAAUGAUCGUGAACCACUUCUGUCUACUUCCGGUACCUUUAGUAGUUCCUAUGGGAGCUUUAUGUCUGAGGCGCCGCCAUCGUUUAGUGGAAAUAGAGCCUUAGUGUUGCCUGAUGGGAAAACACAUCACCUGUUCUUCUCUCACAGUUCUGACGACCAGCAAUGGGUUGAGAUGUGUGUAGAGCGACUGGAACGAGACUAUGGGAUCAAGUGUCUGUGGCCUCCAAGAGAUUUCACUCCUGGGAAAUCGAUUCCUUCUCUUAUUGAAGAUGGAAUGUCACGUGCUAUGAAAAUAGUUCUGGUUUUGUCGCCAGAAUACAUCGACAGUGGCUGGUGUUCUUACGAAAGACACCUUGCGUUUGUGUUGUCUGUCCAAGAGAGACGGAACUGCAUAAUUCCAGUGAUGCUGAAACCCUGCCCCGUGCCAGACGUGCUGAGAACCGUCAACUACAUCGACGUCACCAAGGGAGAGAAUGCUGACUGUAAAAUUGCUAACGCUUUGUACCAGAAAUGUGAACUUCAAGACAUUCUGCCAAAUUUUAACCGACAAUACCACCAAGAAGACAUAAAUGGAGCGACAAUUUCAGUAGCGGCUAAAAAGGAGGGUGCUUCUAAAAUACGAGGCACUGCUUGGUGUUUCGACAAUCUGUCUCUUUAUCAGCAUCAGCUGUUGAAGAACAUGGGGUCAGAGAUAUCGAGGGAUGUCCACGAUUUGGCAGUGUCAAGAAUAAACAGUCUGUUUUACAUGAGGUGUUUCGGACUCAUCAAAUCCGGCCCUCCAUUGUUUUGCUUCAUUGGCAUAUUCGUCGUGUUUGUCUUUUUCCUAAUGGGAAUCAUUGGUGUCAUUAUUGUGAACUUGAUGAAAUUAAAUUCCUUUUUGCUUUUGGUGAUAAUUGGAUCAGUGGAAGUCGUUGUGCCUCUGCUUUAUGUUCCGUUUCGCGCGUUUAUGUUGUUGAAAGUACGGAAACAGGGAAUCAGAAAUGCCAAGAACAUUGUGAAGAAUAUAUCACUGGAAUGGUUUCAGCAGACCAAACUCUUAAUUCACUUCCGCCAAGAUUAUUUUCCUAUUAUAACCUUUAUGUAUUAUGACACAAAACCAUGCCAGCUCUAUAUCCGAGACUGUUUCCUCAGACUGUACGCGGCUAGUCCAGAUGAUGCUGAAAAAGAGGCUCUAGCCAGUAACGUGGCCAGUCAUCACAUCAGACAAUUUUUGGAGAACCACUAUGACAGAGUAUUGGAGUGGAACGAUUUGGAAGAAUCUGUCACACAACGUCACGUGACCGUGAUGAGGAAACAGUGUCUCUGUGAGAUGAUGGAACGAGACUUAUGGCCGCAACAGAUGAUGCGAUCAUAGAUGAACGGAAAUGCGUGGCCGGUGUCGUAAUGUUUACAUUGGUGGUUGAACAAGACUUGUGGCCUCAGCAGAUCAUGCGAUCACAGAUGAACAGAUAUGUGUGGCCGGUGUCGUAAUGUUUACUUUGGUAGCUUAACAAGACUUGUGACUGCAAUAGACGAUGCGAUCAUAGAUGAACGGAAAUGUAUGGCCGGUGUCGUAAUCUUGUCUUGCACCUUAUCAAUUAAUUCUGGAAAUGAAUUUAACAUUUUGUGUAACAAACUCAUAUGCCUUUCACAUUAAUGGUUGCCGUGUACUACUUGUAAAUCAGUUAACUUACACAUGACCAUGAAUGUAACAUUUUCUACCACAAACUUUUACCGUGUAUCUAAGAAAGAAGCAAUACGAUAUUAUUUACUUAUAAACUUUAUAUUUAAUGUUCGGGCAAGAAAAUAUUAAGAGAAAUGUUUUAGCUGUUAGCAAUUAGCUGUUAGCAAUCUUGAUUUUCAGGGCGGGACGUAGCACAAUGGUAAAGCGCUCACUUGAUGCGCGGUCGGUUUAGGAUCGAUCCCCGUCGGUGGCCCCAUUGGGCUAUUUCUCGUUCCAGCCAGUGGUCGACAACUGGUGUACCAA